AUGUCUUCAACUUCCAAGCUCGAAAAGUUAGGUGCAGAGUCGAUUGUAGGAAAUUUCGAAUGGAAAGAUGUACUGAUCCCAGAAUAUGCUGGCAAGGGAACUGUAAAAAGGUGGUAUCAGACCAGAACAUUGACUCAAUAUGUCCUGAUGGCCGGUGUUGGGCUUUACGCAUUCUACGAGGCUGAAUCGCCCAAAGUGAGGGCGGCAGGGUUGGGGCUUGUUUUCCCUGGAGCAGGCCUGGUGGGUGUGUUUACUCUACCUUCGAUGAUCGCCUUUGUUAUCUCCUCGACAAUGAUCCCCUUGGCUUUGUUUGCGUGGUUCGGAGCCGGAGGUGUCUUGUUUCCUAUUCUUCUGUGGGCGGGUACGUCCGGUCUGGCUGCCUUGCUCGCUCGAGACACCUUGUUGGAUAUCGCGGGUCCUCUUUGGGUUGCGACAUGCCUUGGCGGUAUCGCCUACGUCACAUAUCGGACUCAGUCUGCCAACAGCCAGGCAAGGAUAAAGCGUUCUAGACGAAACGAAUAUCUGAUCGAAUCAGUGCAGCAAAGCCAGGCGGCAGGCGAAGUAGCGGAACCCGGAUCUCGGGAACUCGAUUUAAAGACUCUGAGAUUUCUUCAAUGGUUCAUCGAACUUGGCUUGACAGCAAAAGAUGACUUCAGCUAUCAUGACAUUAUCGAUCAGUUUCAGACUUCAGCAAUCCGAUAUCAACUCUACGAGACAGUGAGUGACUUGGGAGUGUACCAGUUUAUCUACGCCCCCAACUUCCAUGGCUACGUUUCCCAAGCCAUGCGGAAUGUCAUUGAGAAGAGUCUGACCGAGAGAGUUGUGGGAUUCUGGAAGUGGGAAAGCCUCUGGGGAAAGUUCAAUGCCCAUAACUGGGAUCCCAUCGUGAAGGAUGAUAUCAUGGUCUCCGGUUACGUUCUUCAAGCGGUCGGCAUCUAUCAGUCCAACACUGGCGACGAUCGCUAUACUCGGGCUGGAUCUCUCGAGUUUCAAGUGACCAAGACACAGAGAUAUAAGUACGAUUUUCGAAAAAUUGCCGACGCAGUCUACCGAAAUUUCAAAGAGUGCUCGUAUUGUCUGUUCAGCUGCGAGCCAAAUUGGAUCUACACUAUGUGUAAUCUUGUUGGAAUCAGUGGUAUGGUCCUGGCGGAACGUCUACUUGGUGUCAACUAUGCCUCGGACAUCAAAAAGAAUUUCGAGCUUGGCCUUGAGAAGGAGUUUACCAACCCCGACGGAACAAUUUUGACAAUUCGAAGUGAAUUGACCGGUUUCACAAUUCCUGGGCUAGCAGGCGCGCUGGCAGACGGUGUAAAUGCCAUCCUGUGUGCCGCGUAUCUCCCUCACAUAGCCCACCGGAAUUGGGCAUUUGCGAAACGUGAGACUCUCAGGUGGAAAGAAGACGGCACCAUCGAGAUGUUAAACCUUGUGGGAGCUGAUAAAAUUGAUCCUGGAAACUACAAAGCCGGAAUAGGAGCGAUUAGGGCCAUCUUUGCCGCAGCAGCUGCCGAGUUUGGUGACAACGCCAUUCGCGAUGAGAUGCUUCGGCAGCUUGACGAGGAUUAUCACCCCGUCUUUGAGACCGCUUCAGGAGCGCUAAAAAAUACAGGACUUUCUACACUCGAGCAAGGUACGGCACUGAGAGCAAGAUUGAGCGGGUUUCAAGACUGGGUGCAAAUGAUAACUCAAGGACCUCCGGAGAAUGUCAAGCAAGGGCCCAUCUUAGCGGAAGCACCAUUCCCAGAUGUUCUGGUCGCAAAAGCAUAUUCACGGGAUGGGUAUGGUCUAGAUCUUGUUCUCUAUCCCGGAAAAGACGCUGGCUUUUUCCAGCUAGGAUUUGAGCGCCUACAACCUGGGAAAGCAUACGAGUUGGCUGGCAAGUCCGUCAUUGCAAGCAAGGGUGGCAAGGCCGUGUUUGAGGUUAGAGUGGAGGGUCGGACUGCUCUAUCUUUGACGCCGCAGUUGGUCAACUAA